CGGUUUUAUUGUUCAAAUUUUAUUUUGCACCCCGUUUUUUAAAUUGUUUCUAUUUGAGAAGAGGAAAGUAUGCCCUUCAUCAGUAAUAUGCCGAAGGAAUUGUUAAUGGAGGGGCGUUAACACUUGUUUGCUCCUCUUCUCUGCCUUCUCCAUCACUCUCCCUUGCCUUAUCUCACCCUGUUCGCUUUCUCCUACGUUAAAAGCUACGGCGCCUUAGAGAGCUCCCUAAUAUCUGCUCGGCUUCAAUCUGCUCACUAUCCCCACCGCCGUUCAAUGUCAGAUUCGUCCGCAUAGCCACUCAAACCUUGACUGUGUUGCGUACAAGUCCAACGCAGAUAAGGUAUAUUCACUUCUAGUUCGAGUGCAAUGGCAACAGCCUUCUCUUUUUCCACCCCUUCAUCAUCUUCCUCACCCUUCUCUUUCACUUCAAAUGCCAGUGCCACCUCCACCACUUCUUCCUCCUCUCCAUUUGGGAUCUCUUUUUCAAACUCUAGCUUUGGUACUUCAUCCACUACCCCAUCUUUUGGUAGCAGCUCUGCUGCUCCCUUAUUUUCUUUUGGCUCUUCCACCACCACAACUUCAUCUGCCACUACAGGUAGUACUUUGCCAUUCGGAUCUGGUGCUUUUAAUGCUUCAACCGUAUUUGGAGCUCCUUUGGGAUCUAGUGGAACCACUGUUGUUACUGCUUCAACUGUAUUUGGAGCACCUUUGGGUUCUACUGGAACUUCAACCAAUAUCUUUGUAUCUGCUUCUUCCAGCCAGUCUGCAACCUCCUUCAGUUCCCCAAUGUUUGGAACAACUUCUCUUUUUGGCACAUCUGCAACUUUUGGAUCUUCCUCUGGCUCAUCAAGUGUGUUCGGUUCAAGUUUGAGCAUCGGAUCCUCUGCAUCAUUAUCCUCAGUUUCUACAUCACUGUUUGGGUCAUCAGCUACAACUUUUGGUGCACCAUCGGCUUCAGCAACUGCUGCAUUUUCCUUAUCAUCAGCUUCAAGCUCAUCUUCUUCCGCACCUGGUUUUAUGUUUCCCACCACAUCAACUGGUAGUUCAGCAUCAUCUUCCUUUCCAUCAAUUUUUCCCAGUGUUUCGACUACAAGCUUUGUAUCUUCAACAUCAACAGCUUCAUUUUCCAGUGCUGCCACCCCGAGCUUCGGAUCUUCUGCGUCAUCAUUUUCUUUCCUUGCAGCUUCCACCACAAGCUCAGCAUCUUCAACACCAGCGUUUUCUUUGCCUAAUGCCUCCAGUGCUUCUACAUUGAGUUCAAUAGCUUCUGCACCCACAUUUACAUCUCUCACUACUCCUGGCUCCACCUCAACAGGAUCUUCUACAUUUGCUUCUUCAUCACCCUUUCCAACUGCAGGCUCAAAAUUUUCAUUUUCACAAGGGACUGGAAAUGCUUCAACCACAUCAGCUUCUUCUGUCACAACUCCCAGCUUGACAUCAUCUUCUUCAGGUAUGCCUGCCUUUUCAUUUGGGACCUCAUCCAGCUCAAUGGCUUCUUCCUUGAAUGGUUUAAGUGGUGUAUCUUCAAAGCCUGCUGAAUUAGGCCUUGCAACUGCUUCAUCAUCUCCAUUUUCAUCAAUUUCUGCAACAACCAGUGCUUCGGUUCUGUCUGGUAGUCUAGCAUCCUCUGCUCCUUCUAGCACGACCACUACUGGUUUGUCUUUUACAUUUCCUGCUGUUGCAUCCUCCUCUUCUGCUUCAGCUUCUACUGCAACUGCUGUUUCUGGGUCUAGUAACACCACUACUCAAGGAUUUUCUGUUUCUGCAAGCUCUUUUUCAAUGUCUUCAAAAACACCAUCAACUACUCCAGCUUCACAACCGCUGUUCACAACUUCAGUAGCUACACCUGGCCUGAUUGCAUCUAGUUCGAGUGGUUCAACUUCACUAUCCAGCUCUGCUGCUCAAACAUCAUCUAUUGUGAUAGCAACAAGUAGUAGUGGGACUACACAGAGUACAGGUACUGCCUCAGGAACAUCACCAAAACUACCAUCUGAAAUUACAGGAAAAACUAUAGAGGAGAUCAUCAAGGAAUGGAAUGCAGAGCUGCAAGAGCGCACGAAACGUUUCCAGAAGCAGGCCAAUGCAAUAGCUGCAUGGGACAAGAGGAUACUACAAAACCGUGACAUCCUCCUGAAGCUUGAGAGUGAAGUUGCAAAGGUUGUUGAGACACAGUCGAGCCUAGAGCGACAGCUGGAGUUAAUUGAGACUCAUCAAGAUGAGGUUGAGAAGGCAUUGCAGAGUUUGGAAGAAGAAGCUGAACGGAUAUAUAAGGAUGAUCGUGAAACACUCCUUGAUGAUGAAGCUGCAUAUACAAGAGAUGCAAUGUAUGAUCAGGCUGAAUUCGUAGAGAGAGAAAUGGAAAAGAUGAUGGAGCAGAUAAAGUCAGUCAUUCAUUCUCUUAAUGCAAACCAGGGCGGGGAACUAACGGAUGGCAUGAAUCCACUUGAUGUUGUUGUCCGCAUUUUGAACAACCAAUUGAGCUCGCUGGUCUGGGUUGAUGAAAAGGCAGAGGAGCUCUCUUCUCGUAUUCAGAAACUUGCAAAGCAAGGCUCUAAUGCAGAUUCUGGAUCUUUGGGACCUCGAUUUCUGUUUGGGAAAUGAACAGAGUAGAUAUUUUUUUGUAAGGAUGUUUAUGGCAGUAGAGAAAAUGAAUCAUUUACCUCAAUUUAAAGACUUUGACAAAGCAGGAAACAAUUAGGUACUCCAUAUUAACUUUGAAAUCAGGGAAAUCAACUUCUAGAUGCCAUCCAGGUAACAGGCAUCGCAGCCAUUCCUUUUCAAGGGUCUGACCCUGGAAGAAAUUGAUGAAUUAAAGAAUGGAUUAUGUUACUCGAUUGCUAAAGUGACCAUGCAAUUAGAUUUGUAUCCAUGAGUUUUUUAGUAAUAUACUUGGAAUGAUCAGAUAACUUUAUAUGGUACGUAGUAUGAUUUCUGUAAAAAUGUUUGAAAAAAUUCAAACUAAAAAUGCUAGCUUUGCAACUUAACAUUAAGAAUUAUGAAAUUAUAUUAGUGUACCCUAAUCACCAGUAGAUUUAUAGCAUUGCCAUCUAUUAGAAAUUUAUUAUAGGUGGGCUCAAUCACAGUAAUAAAGCCAUAAAGGGUGGCAAAGCUCAUCUCAACGUCAA